ACAACCCAACCCACAAUAGUAAUGCGAGACUGCGUUCCGCGUUCGUAACGGAUUUACCUCAAAUUUCGAGCUCACACUUCUUCUCACUUCACUUAUCACUUCCAUUUCCAUUCCAUUCCACUCAUCAUGCAUCUGCAUCAUACAUUCUCUCUCUCUCAUUUACUCUCCUCACCGAACAAAAUCAAAUCAACACCACCGCAUAACUUCCACAAUGACGACGCCGUUCCGCUUCGACGCCGCUGACUCCGCCGCGGAUAUGUUGCCGGAGGCCAAAGUCCUCCAUCUUCGCCGCACCCUAGCCGCUGCUCUCUUCUUCGCCGUCGUUUCUCUCUCUUGCUUAAUCCUCUUCAGAGAUGUUAAUUCCUACCGAUUCUUCUCCACCUUUCGUUCCUCCUAUCCUCUGGCUGGUUUUCCAAGCAUCUUUCCAUCUGCAUCCACCGAUUCUAACGCGACUAGCAAUGAAUAUCCACUUGAAAAAAUUUUGAAUGAUGCUGCUAUGGAGGACAGGACUGUUAUCUUGACCACAUUAAAUGAAGCAUGGGCAGCUCCAAAUUCAGUAAUCGAUCUAUUCCUUCAGAGCUUUAGAAUAGGAGAUCGCACCAGUAGGCUUUUAAACCAUUUGGUAAUCAUUGCAUUGGACCAAAAAGCAUUUGCACGCUGUCAGGUUAUACAUGCCCAUUGCUUUUCUCUUGUUAGUGAAGAAACUGACUUUCAUAAAGAAGCAUACUUUAUGACUCCUAGCUACUUGAUGAUGAUGUGGAGACGGAUUGAUUUCCUACGAUCUGUUCUAGAGAUGGGAUACAAUUUUGUAUUCACGGAUGCCGACAUUAUGUGGUUCAGGGACCCAUUUCCUCGGUUUCAUCUUGAUGCAGAUUUCCAAAUAGCCUGUGAUCAUUUCACAGGUCGCUUCGAUGAUGUAGAGAACAGACCGAAUGGAGGGUUCAACUUUGUAAAGUCUAAUAAUAGGUCAAUAGAGUUCUACAAAUUCUGGUACUCUUCACGAGAAACCUAUCCUGGAUAUCAUGAUCAAGAUGUUCUUAACUUUAUCAAGGUUCAUCCUUUCAUUACUGAUAUUGGACUGAAGAUGAGAUUUUUGGAUACAGCUAAUUUUGGUGGGCUUUGUGAACCAAGUAGGGAUUUCAACCAGGUCUGUACGAUGCAUGCAAAUUGUUGCUUUGGAAUGAACAGCAAGCUUCACGAUCUUGGAAUAAUGCUUCAGGAUUGGAAACAUUAUUUGUCCUUGCCUCCAAGUUUGAAGAAGUUGUCGGUUCUUUCCUGGAGAGUUCCCCAGAACUGCAGCCUUGAUUCUCUCAGGCACCAUGGUUCACCAGAGAAAAGUGCUCAAGAUUAAGGUUUUUAUUGCAUGUCACAUUUCUCUCACAUAAAUGUGGAAGUUCAACGACGUCUAGGAUGAAAGGUUAGAUAUAGGUUUGAAUAGGAAAACCAAUUUUUCUAAACCAACAUUUGCAGAAAGAAUCUUCCCCCAACAAAAGUACACUUAGGCAAUAUGAAAGAUGUAAUAUGCUGAACAAUUUAUUGAUUUGAACUGUUUACUAAAAAAAAUAUUUUUUGUAAGAUUA